UUUUAAUAAAAUCAGAAAAAUAAAAAAAUAUAUAUCUUAGGUCAUUUUUUAAUGGUGCGAUUUGUUUUCUAUAUAGCUCUGUGCCAAGGAAAAGUUUUCCUUGUCUCUGGGCCUUUGGCUGAAAGUCUGAGGCUGAAUGAGAACAAGUGCAAAGCCACAGAAAAAUAAUAUGAAUGGCGAAAUAACCAUAGAUUAUUAUUAUUUAGAGCUGCGAUAUUGAUGGAUAGGUUUUUUUGGUGACAAGAAUUUUGUCAAAUAUUAUUGCUAAAUUGCGUUUUAUCCCAAAGGAGAGUUUUUGUGAUUUAGGACGUUUUUUUUGAAGUUGGAGAGAUAUUGUGGAUAUCGAUGAUUAGAAUAAAUUGAUUUCAAGUGGUAUCUGGACCACUAACUUGGGAAGAUGGCAGAAGUGGAUCCAGAAACACUGUUGGAGUGGCUGCUCACAGGUCAAGGCGAUGAGCGCGACAUGCAGCUUAUUGCUCUUGAACAACUGUGCAUGCUGCUGCUCAUGUCCGACAAUGUUGAUAGAUGCUUUGAAAGCUGCCCACCAAGAACAUUUUUACCAGCACUUUGCAAAAUAUUUUUGGAUGAGAGUGCACCUGAUAAUGUUCUGGAGGUAACAGCAAGAGCUAUUACAUAUUACCUUGAUGUCUCUGCUGAGUGCACACGGCGUAUUGUUGCCAUUGAGGGAGCUGUCAAGGCCAUAUGCAGCAGACUGCUUACCGUUGAUCCUAAUAAUCGUACCAGCAAAGAUCUAGCAGAACAAUGUAUAAAAGUGUUAGAGUUGGUGUGCACACGGGAAGCAGGUGCUGUGUGGGAAGGUGGUGGUCUUCCUGCUGUGUUACAUUUCAUCACUCAACAUGGCACCUCAGUGCAUAAGGAUACCCUUCACUCCGCGAUGGCUGUUGUUUCCAGAGUGUGUGGUAAAAUGGAGCCGGGGGACGCGCGUGUGGGCGACGCGGUGUCGUCGCUGUCGUCACUGCUGCGGCACAGCGACUCGCGCGUGGCGGACGCGGCGCUGCGCUGCUUCGCGUCACUGGCGGACCGGUUCGCGCGUGCGCACGCCGACCCGGCGCCGCUCGCCGAACACGGUCUAAUACAAGAAUUGGUUCGAAGAUUGGGAAACACGGAAGGCGGAGACGAUAAGUGUUUGGUGCUUUCAGUAUCCACAACUGUUAGUCUGUUGUCUACUCUAUGCCGUGGAUCUGCACAAAUUACCCAUGACCUAGUUCGACUGGACUUGUGUUCCGCGAUUGAAACGGCAGUACAAGCCGACGAGCGCUGGUGCCUCGAGUGCAUGCGGCUGGUAGAUCUGCUGCUCGUGUUACUGUGCGAGGGACGGCACGCUAUACAAUCUGGUUCAAGUCGAAAUGGCGUCGGGUCGGGCCCGAGUAGCAGCGGCGCAGGCGCAGGCGCGGGCGGCGAGGGCUCCAGCGGCGGCGCGCGCGGCGACAAGUCGCACCGGCAGCUCAUCGACUGCAUCCGCGGCAAGGACACCGACGCGCUGCUCGCCGCCGUCACCAGCGGCGCCGUCGACGUCAACUUCACCGACGACGUCGGACAGACUUUGCUCAAUUGGGCCGCCGCUUUUGGCACUAGGGAGAUGGUCGAGUUCUUGUGUGAGAAAGGUGCUGAUGUGAAUCGUGGUCAACGUAGUUCGUCCCUUCACUAUGCGGCGUGCUUCGGCCGACCCGCGAUUGCUAAGGUGCUUCUUCGAUACGGCGCCAAUGCAGAUCUUCGUGAUGAGGAUGGAAAAACCCCACUUGAUAAAGCGAGAGAACGCCACGACCAAGGGCACAGAGAAGUUGCUGCAAUAUUGCAGUGUCCCGGCGAAUGGUUGGUAGUCGGCAACAAUGAUUCACCUUCACCAUCCAAUGAUGAUGACUUUCCAGAAACAGGAGACAAGGAAAUGGCUGCAAUGUAUCUGGAGCGCUUGGUGCCGGUGUUCUGCGCGCGGUACCUGGGCGCGGGCGGUGCGGGCGUGCGGCGCGCGUGCCUGUCGCUCGUGCGCAAGAUGGUGCACUACGCACCCGCCGCGCUGCUGCGCCGCGUGUCCCGCGCUGCGCCUGCGCCGCCCGCCAGCUCGCCGUCCGCCUCGCCGUCCGCCUCGCCCGCCGCCUCGCCCGCCGCCUCGCCGGCCACCUCACCGGCCGCGCUGCUCACGCAACUCAUCGCCGCCGUGCUCGACAACCUGGAUGACGAUGACGGUCACUUGAUAGUGCUAGGCAUCGCAGAAGAGCUCAUGGUGAAGGCCUCUGACAUAUACUUGGAACAAUUUGCACGACUCGGUGUGUUCGGUAAAGUGGAAGCUUUGGCCGCCGCUUCUGCCUCUAAUUUAUCUUCUGAAGUGGAUAAUUCUACGACCUCGGGAGGUGCGGGCGGCGAGGACGCGUCGUGCCUGUCGAGCGGCGUGGCGUACGCGUGGGGCGAGUGGGCGGUGUGCCGCGGCCGCGACGCGCUGUACGUGUGGAGCGACGCGGCUGCGCUCGAGCUCAGCACCGGCAGCAACGGCUGGUUCCGCUUCCUGCUCGACGGCAAGCUCGCCACCAUGUACUCCAGCGGCAGUCCCGAACACCAAACUGAUAAUACCGAAAACCGCGGAGAGUUCAUCGAUAAGCUCCAAAGAGCGAAGGUGUCAGUGAAAAAUUCAGUUCCGCAACCAAUACUGUCAAAACCUGGACCGACAAAGCUGAUAUUAGGAAACUGGUCAUUAUCUUGCAAGAAGGAAAAAGAGCUUCACAUUCACAACACUGAUGGGCAACAACAAACUACGAUAUUGAGAGAAGAUUUACCUGGCUUUAUAUUUGAAUCAAACCGAGGUACUCGACAUUCGUUUACUGCCGAGACAUUUUUAGGACCAGAGCUUGCGAGUGGUUGGGCGGACCGAAGACCUGUCGCAACCAAUACAACGACUCCGAAUCAAAACAGAUUGCGGGUUUCAGCCAAGACUGAAGCGCUUAAGUCCCAGGUGAGCGCCCGCGCGCGCGCGCUGUACGCGCGGCACCUGGCGAGCGCCGCCACGCGCCAGCCGCGCGCGCCCGUGGCCCGCCUGCGCGCGCUGCUCGCGCGCCUGCAGCGCCUCGCCACGCAGCCCUCCAAGGAUUGGCAACAGGAUUUGAGCAAGUCCCUUGACCAACUCGCUGAACUUUUGUGCGGCGACGAGCACUUAUCUGCAUACGAAUUACAGUCAUCAGGUCUCGCGCCGGCCAUGCUACAGGUCCUCUCACCGCAAGCAAAUGAUGUGCCCGGACAAGCAGCGGAACGCGAACGCCUGGUGCGCGAGUGGUUGUCGCAGGAGGAGGGGCGCGCCGGCGCCGUGCUCGUGUGCAAGCUGGUGGCCGUGCUCGAGAGCGUGGAGCGGCUGCCGGUGCUGGCGCCCGCCGCCGACGCGCCGCCGCCCGCCGCCGGCUCCUUACACCACCUCACUAAGAGGAUUAGGUUGCGAGUGGAGCGUGCGAGCGAUGACGCAACAGAUGAGAACACCAAUAACAGUAAUAACUCCGGGCGGAAUCUCAAGGUGGAAGCUUUGACGACGGUGCGUCAGCUCGAGAGGUUCCUCGCGAGGUCCGUCGCUCGACAGUGGUACGACAUGGAGCGCUCCACGUUUAAUUUCGUGCAAAAAAUUAAGAACGAGGCACCUAUCACGUUCACUUACGACCAUGACUUCGACGAGAACGGCGUGCUAUAUUUCAUCGGCAGUAACGCCGGCACGUGUGAGUGGGUGAACCCGGGCGCGCACGGGCUCGUGAGCGUGUGGUCCUCGGACGGCCGCCAGCUGCCCUACGGCCGCGCCGAGGACGCCCUGUCGCGCUCCCCCGAGCCGCUCAACGUGCACACCAACGACGACAGGCGCGCCUUCAUAGCGCUCGACCUCGGACUCGAAAUCAUACCCAUGGCGUAUACGUUACGCCAUGCACGAGGUUAUGGCCGAUCUGCGCUCAGAAACUGGCUGUUCCAAAUGUCGACUGACGGCGUGACUUGGAGCACGCUGGCGUCGCACACGGACGAGCAGGCGCUGCACGAGCCGGGCAGCACAGCUACAUGGCGUUUGCGCGCCGAUGUACCCUAUAGAUAUCUGCGUAUACAGCAGAACGGCAAGAAUGCCAGCGGACAGAGUCACUAUUUGUCGUUGUCAGGUCUCGAGUUGUACGGGAAGGUUGUGGGGGUAUCAGAGACACCCCCGCGGCAGUGCGGAGCGACGGCCGGGGCGGCGGCGGGCGCAGGCGCGAGCGGCGGUGCGGCGCGCGGCCGGCGCUGGUCGCGGGGCGCGCGCGGGCUGUGCGCGGGCGCGCGCGUCGUGCGCGGCCCCGACUGGAAGUGGCGCGACCAGGACGGGCCACACCCGGCGCUCGGCACCGUCACCUCCGACCUGCAUAAUGGCUGGGUUGACGUUAGGUGGGAUCACGGCGGUCGUAAUUCGUAUCGAAUGGGUGCAGAGGGCAAGUUCGAUUUGAAAGUAGUAAGCGGUGCGGCGGGUGUGGGCGGCACAGGAGGCGUAACCGCCGUUGAAGGCGCGAAACACGGCCGCAAGAGUCACUCCACCCCCAGUCUGCCAGAUGCAACUGCCAUUGACCAGCAGGUGUCCGUGGCAUCGACGGAACAAGCUUCUUCGGCAGAUAAUAUUUCGAGCGAAGAGAUGCCAAGCAACAUGUCACGACCGAGAACCCACGCCACUGAUCUCUCUGCUAUAAACAAUUCAACUCACCACAUUAAUUCAGAUCUGGCAACAAUAGUAGAGUCAUUGACUCUUGGUGCGGAGAGUAACAAUUGUAUGGCAGAUCUGGGCAACACUUCAUUCACCAACAUGGAGAUGGGCCCAACCAGUAUAACAGACAUCACCAAACCAUACCCAGCCAAAGAACCAGCUCUGGAGACAAAUGCACAGGAGGAGAGCGGGGCGCGCCGCACGGAGGGCGACGCGGCGCGCAACAGCGCCAACGCGCUCUUGUCCAGCGACUUGCUCAUUCUACCGGCUUCUCUGCUGCAUACCUUGCAGACUAAUGCCAAUCGACUACAUAUACAGUGUGAAGACAACGAUAGCGGCGAAGGUCAAUACGGCGACCACAAGAAGGACGGUCAGUCUGGCGGUGGCACAGGCACGAUGAGUGCCAGUGAGCCAGAUUUAACUCAACAGGGUGCAGCACGUUUGUUAGAGUCCUUGGGAGUGGGCCGAGGUGUUACGGCCGGACGUGGCAACAAUCAACAGCGAGCGAAUCGAGCAAAUCAUUCGACAAGUCUUUUCCCGAGCCUGGUGCGCCUCGCGCUGUCCAGCAACUUCCCCGGCGGCCUGCUGUCCGCCGCGCAGAGCUACCCCUCGCUCGCGCCCAACGCACAGAACGCUCUCACGCUCUCUCUCACCUCCACCUCCAGCGAGAGCGAGCAGGUGUCGUUGGAAGAUUUCCUGGAGUCAUGUCGCGCGCCGGCGCUGCUGACCGAAUUAGAGGACGACGAUGAAGGCGAUGACGCACUCGAUAGCGACAAAGAGAACGAGUCAACGUACCAGGAGGUAGUGAGUAAACUUUUGGUGUCGCGGAACCUUUUGUCCCUAAUGGAAGAGGAAGCGCUGGAGGCAGUGCGCGGCGGCGGGGGCGCGGGCGGGCGCGGCGCGGGGGGCGCCGGCGGCCGCGCCCGCCGCCCCUGGGACGAAGACUUCGUGCUCAAGCGACAAUUCUCUGCGCUUAUACCUGCCUUCGACCCGCGCCCCGGCAGGACCAACCUCAAUCAGACUGUCGAUUUAGAAAUACCAUUAAACUACGACUCGGACGAAGACGACGAAAACCCGACCAUACCGGGAUAUAGUGAUCUGCCGGGUGCGCCGAGCGUGCACGGGAAACAGAAUGCGCCGGCGCUGCGUCUGACGCUGUCGGCGGGCAGCACGGGCGCGGGCGGCGCGGGCGCGGGCGGCGCGGGCGCGGCGCUGGUGCUGGAGCGGCCGCACUGGACGCUGUACCGCGCCGUGCUCGCGCUGGCCGCCAAGCAGCCGCACCCCGCGCCGCCGCUCGACCUGCAUCGCGACACCACGUACACGUUAACUUACAAAGAAGUGGAGGGAAUGGAAACCUUCGCCUCCUCGAGUGAUAGCGAAGAUGACGAACCUUGCGAUCCAGAGCGCGGGAUCGCGGGCGCGGAGGGCGCGGCGGGCGCGGCGGCGACGUGUUGCGUGCGCGUGCUGCGCCGCCUGCGCGCCGCGGCGCCCGCGCUGCCGCCCGACGCCUUCCUCUCCACCAAGCUCACCAACAAGCUGCAUCUGCAGCUACAGGAUCCGCUCGCGCUCGCCGCCGGCGCCACGCCGCACUGGUGUCAACAGUUAAACGACUGGUGUCCUUUCCUGUUCCCGUUGGAAACGAGGCAGAUGUUCUUUGCGUGUACCGCAUUCGGAACGUCACGCACUAUAGUGUGGCUGCAAGCGCAACGAGACCGGGCAUUGGACAGGCAGAGAGCCGGCAAUACGGUGUCACCACGACGUGCCGAUUUGGAAGCGACCGAGUUCCGUAUGGGUCGCUUGAGGCACGAAAGAAUAAGAAUUCCACGAAAUCCGGUUUUAUUGCGAUCGGCUAUGCAGCUGAUGCGCGUGCACGCGACGUGCAAGUCCGUGCUGGAGGUGGAGUUCGCGGGGGAGGAGGGCACGGGGCUCGGGCCCACGCUGGAGUUCUACGCGCUGGUGGCGGCCGAGCUGCAGCGCGCCGACCUCGGCAUGUGGCUGCACGACGCGCCGCUGCACGACGACGACGCCGCGCCGCACCACCUCGUCCUGCCAGGCGAGAAACCUCCUGGAUAUUAUGUGACGCGUAUAGGCGGGCUAUUCCCGGCGCCGCUACCGCAAGAUUCUCCCGUCUGUGAUAAAGUAUGCAGAUAUUUCUGGUUCCUCGGAGUGUUUUUGGCGAAGGUGUUACAAGACGGCCGGUUAGUUGACUUGCCGCUCUCCGACGCAUUCUUACGCAUCAUGUGCGGCGAGGAGCUAUCCAAUGAAUACCUGGAGGAGGUGGAUCCCAUCAGAUAUAGGUUCCUCCAAAACGUAUUGAGUGCAGCAGAAUUAUACGAUAAUAUUAUGCGCGACACUUCUCUUGAUGCGGAGGAGCAAAUGAAGCGCGUGAGCGAGAUAAAAGUCGAAGGCGCCACUUUCGAACAACUUUCACUCACUAUGACUUACGUGUCGUCACACCAUGAGCCGUCUGUCGCAAUACAACCAUUGUGCGAAGGAGGCGAGAAUAUAGAGGUGAACGCUCAGAACGCGCGCGCGUACGCGGAGGCGAGCGCGCGGUGGGUGGUGCGCAGCGGCGUGCGGCGCCAGGCGGCCGCCUUCCGCCGCGGCUUCGGCCGCGUGUUCCCCGCGCGGCGCCUGCGCGCCUUCUGCGCCGCCGAGCUGCGCCUGCUGCUGUGCGGCGAGCGCGGGCCCGUGUGGACGCGCGACCAUCUGCUGCAGUACACCGAGCCCAAGCUCGGAUACACGCGCGACAGUCCCGGUUUCCUGCGCCUCGUCGACGUACUUGUGGAAAUGUCUCUUCGCGAGCGUAAAGCAUUCCUCCAGUUCACCACCGGCUGCAGCAGCCUGCCACCCGGCGGGCUCGCUAAUCUGCACCCCAGACUGACUGUUGUGAGAAAGGUGGAUGCCGGUGAUGGAUCAUACCCGUCGGUAAACACAUGCGUGCAUUAUCUAAAAUUACCCGAGUACUCGUGUAAGGAAGUGUUGCGCGAGCGACUACUCGCAGCCACGAACGAGCGCGGCUUCCAUCUUAACUAACUGUUCCACGAUAUUACAAAAAUAAUGAUUAACAAGUUGAUAAAUACAUUUGCUUACUUACAUACUUAUUGUUCUAUCACUAAUGGCCUCUAUUCAGUGUUAGGAUAUAAUGUUAUAUUUUAAUUGUAUUCUGAUAUUAUUUCAUGCUGAAUGCUCGCUAAGAAAAAAUGUGCGUUUUUAAAUUCUAUCAGUAUAAAUAGUGUUUAAGAACAUACGUUAUAAAUACUAAUAUUCACCGCGUUUUAAAAAAUAUGUGAUGAAGUGGUGUCUAUUCAUCACACACUACAGUGUGUGUAUAGUCCUUAUCUCUCUUUUUGAUGUAUACUGAGAACUGGGACAUAUACGCUAGAGGUAUAUACUCUACACAGGUUGGGUACAUGCUUGUGCUUAGGCGUCACUGCACACUGUAGAGCAACAAAUAGCAGAAUUUGUAACUUGUGACUAUAUAUUGGGUAUACGACGUACGGUCGAGAUAACGAUAAGCGUCUCGCGACAACAAACGUAAGCUUGCCGAUCUCUCGUUAGUAAUUCUAAUGCUAAAUAUGUAUAACAUUUUAAUACGUUUAGUCUCUUUUACUUGGAUUACGCCGUUAUGUUAUAACACCAUUAACUUAAGCCACAGUAGACAUAUUAUGUAACAGUCAUAAUUUGGCCAAUUUCAUUCUUUAUAUAUUUUUUUCUUUUCUAUUAAAGCUAGAGAUGAUAAUAUACACGUAUCACGGCACCCCGUGUUACUCUCCACUCUCUGUCCACCAGUUUAUGGCUGCUAUUUAAUAUACUUUUGAAGAGAUGUCUUAAAACUUUAUUUUUAUUAUGUACAUACAAUUUAUCAGCGUACGAUUAGAAAUUAAUAAAAAAUUACAAUUCUAAUAUUAUAGCUGCAUCUUAUAACGUUAAAACGUUCAAAAUACUAAAGUAUAAUUUUAGUACUACCCCUGGGGUUGGGAUUGGUAUAGUUGAGGUGCCUACUUUGUAGUGUUAAAAUGAAAUAUGUCUAUUGUGCUUAGGCUAUGGAUAUCAAUUGUAUAAAAUCUAAUAAACUUAUACAAUACUUUACUAAAUAUUUAUAAACAAAUAGUUUUGACACUUUCAAUAUCAAUAUUACAUAUAAUAAAUAACAUUUUAUACUUAAUACAUUUAAUGUAAACAAUUAAAUUACUUUAUCAUAAUAAUGUAAUGUUUCACUUGAGUCAGUUAAUGGCGCUAAGUAAGAUAUGUACACAUUUAUUUUAGAUAGUUGCUUUAUCAGUAAUCAAUAGAUGUCAAAAAGACAUAACAUUAUAAAUUAUUGAAAUUUUCCAUCAAAUGAAUAAGUAAAUGUUUGUCGUUUACUAAUUAUAAAAUAUUUUUGGAGUAGUGCUAGUUUGAUCUGCUUCAGUUGUGUGUGUCUUUUGUGUCUUUAUAUUAAGUCCAUUUAUAUUAUAAUUUUUUUGUUUGAUUCCUGACAUUAAUUGGCUAUUUUUCAAUGUAAUGUUACCAAAUCUUGUACUUGUGACUGAUGAGUAGUAGGACUGAUAUAACAAUAUUUGGUGAAAAGACUUAGUUGCUCAAAGUAUAUCAAAACUGCAUGACUGUUUUAAAAGAAGUCAAAUCGAUGUUCCACUUUUAUCCAAGAAUAACUAUGUAUUUUAUGCCGAUUUAAAAAAAAAAAUGAUGUCACCGGAUUGUGUGACCGAAAUGUUGGUAAUGAAGUUAUGAUUUAACUACUAAGGAUAUCUCACGGGGCCACAAAGUGACACUUUACAUGAUAACCCUAAACGAAUGGCGGGAUAACAGCAUUUUUAGAAGCUAUCUGUAUGUAUUUACAAAACAUGUAGAAAAAAAAUUAUACACUGCAUUUGUACUAUGUUUUAACGCAACUUUGGUUACAAUUUUUUUUAUACGCAUAUUGUUUCAUCAAUUUCAUAAUGAAAAUGCCACAAAAAUUGUUGAUUCCGUGCAUCUCCUAAAGUAUAUAUCAUAAUAUUCAGUUGAAACUAGCAUUGCAAAAUAUAUAAAUUAAUAAGAAAUAUUUGGUUAAUAUUCAAUUUAAAAAAAAAUUUAAAGUUGAUUUCGAAAGAAAUUGUUUGUAAAUCUUUUCAUAUUUGGAUUCGUACCUCGUGCGCCGUAAAAGUGUGAAAUUAAUACUCAAGGCCGUUUGUUCGGGAGAGGGCCGAAAGUACCAAAAUACCUUUUAUGUACUAAUUGUAAUUAUAUUGUUAAUAUUAUAUUUGAAAUGAUCCUUAACGCCUACAAGCUAAGUUUCUUAUUCGCAAAAAUGUACAAAAUAACAUUACUAGCCUAAUUAGCUGAUCGAUGAACAUCUGUAAUCUGUCUAUGUUCAGAUUUAUAAACUUUUGACUGUGGUGUUUUAAAUAGGGAGAAUAAAUAGCCUAAAUAAUAUGUUAUAUUCAUUUGUUGUUUGUUUUCUAAAUCAGUAUAUACCGAUUAAUGACAGUUGUGUUAUUUCCUGUGUAUUCCGAUUGACAAUACUGUUCGGUCCGUGACGCUGUGCCCAUCUGCGAUAUCCGUAGUAUUUAAGCGUUGAAGAGUUGAAAGGAAAUUUUGUUUGAUCCAAAGUAAAAGAUUGUAUUUAGUCAUUGGUGAUGCGCUUAAAUUCUUAAGUCUUGAGGGUUUUAUUCAUUAAAUCGUAAAUGUCGACGCCUAAUUUAAUCAUAAAUGAAGCGUUUUCUUUGUCAAGAUUAUAUUCACAAAGUAUUUUAUGGAAAACUGUAAAAUACUUUAUAAUUAUGUUUUAAAGAAGCGAUUAUUACACCUGUUCCGUAAAAGAAUUCGAUGAUUCAGAGUGUGUAACACUAAUAACGCGUUUCUUCAAAAGAUAAUAUUUAGCUGUGUUCCUUUAGUUAAAUAAUUUUGUCAACUGAAAGUUGGUAUAAUAUUGUGAUUUACUAUUAUAAAUACAUACUUUACGAAUUAAAAUAUAUUUAGUUUAAAUUAAAUAGUUAUUUAGAUUAAAAUUAUUAACAAUAUUGCGUCUUGUAGCAGUACUCCUGUAAUUGUUGUUGAGGAUUAUAUCAAUAAAUAAGUAACAAAUA